CCAAGCCAAGCAAGCUGUAAAGAUAAUAUAAAUGAGCGAAAUACGCGUUUGUGCGGGGAAAAUUAAACAUCAUGAUUACAUUGAAUUAGAAAACCAAGUAUAGAACCACUUGGAUCGUUUACACGCUCUAAAACAAAACAAUAAUAUAGCUAUACAACCGAAAAUGGAUUCCGAAAAUGCAAUUGAGCAAAUUGUGAAAAACGAUGAAGAAGAGAAAAUUGUCGGAGAAAACUACAUAGAAAUUGAAAUACCAUUUAAUUUAUAUCAAUAUCUUAGUUCAGACAAUUGUAAUAUACAGAAUAUGUGCCGAAUAUGUCUGAAUACAGAGAACGAGAUCCUAUAUCCUUUAGUUUCUACUGUAACUACCAAAGAAAACAAUUUACUAGCUCAUAUGUACACUACAUUUAGCGCGAUUCAGGUUUUUACCGGUGAUGGUCUACCUGCAAGUAUAUGUGAGCCAUGUCAAGCUUUAGUGGUACAAUGCUACGAGUUCAAGAUAAAGUGUGAAAAGUCAGACUGCAUGCUCAAGUCACUGCUGAAAGGAGAAUUUGUAACCAAAGAGGAUGUACCUAUUCAAGACAUGGAAAUAAAAGAAGAAAAUGUGGAAAAUAAUAAUAUGAAUAAUUUACAAAAUAAUAUUGAUGGCAGUGAAUAUUUUAAUAAUAACAUUGAUAUCAAGAAUGAAAAGGAACUUCUUGAAGAUGUGCAAUAUUUGGAAGAUCUCAGUGAUAAUGAUAACCUGUAUAUAGUACAAGAUAAAAAGAGAAGGAGAAGAAAAAAAGGAAUUUAUGAUAAUGAUGUUGAAUUUGAGAGUACUGCAACUAAAAAGCACAGAAAACGUGGAAACAAGGAAAAUACGUUUUCAUGUAAAAUGUGUUCUAAGGUGUUUAAAAAUGUAAAGACAUUCCAUGCUCACAUGAGGAUGAAGCACCCGACGACUCGUAGAGCGCACGCGUGCAACCAAUGUACCGAGUCAUUCGACUCCGAGCACGACCUCGCUGUACAUACUUCCCUACACAACAAGGGGGGCAACUGGAAGUGCAACAAGUGCCCUAAAGAAUUUAAGGCCCGAUCAGUAUUCAGACGUCACAUAUUACGGCAUAUGGAGUCGAAGCGCUACACGUGCCCCGUGUGUGACAAAGCAUUCAGCGAGCUCUAUGCACUGAAGCGACACGCGAGGGUCCACACUGGAGAACUCAUUGAGAAGAAACACGCCUGCACCAUGUGCGAUAAGAGGUACAGUGAGAGUGGCCUGCUGGCAGCGCACAUGUCCCGCCACAUCGGGCUCCGGCCCUGGGAGUGCGACGUGUGCGGGAAGACGUUCCCGUCCAACAGACUUCUCGCCUCGCACCGUCUCAUACACUCCGACCGCAAGCCGUACGCCUGCCAGUAUUGUGAUAAACGUUUCCGACACGAGUCGACCCGCAACACUCACCACCGCACCCACACGGGCGAGAAACCAUACGUGUGCUCGGUAUGCGGGAAGAGUUUCAUACAAAACUCUAACCUGACGCUGCAUAUGAGGACACAUACUGGCGAGCGGCCAUACUCGUGUUCGAUAUGUGAUCGCAAGUUCACAUCGGGCUCCUCACUUAAAAGCCAUGAACGGAUACAUACUGGGGAGAAACCAUACAGCUGUAAUGUUUGUGGCAAACGGUUCACGCGUAAGAACCUGAGCGCGCACAUGAGGAAACACACGGGCGAGCGACCGCACCAGUGCAGCUUCUGUUCCAAGAAGUUUAUCAACUCGGCCCGGCUCAGGGACCAUCACCGUGUUCACACUGGAGAAAAACCGUUCGACUGUUCCAUGUGUUCACUAAAAUUCGCAACGAAAUCUCAACAAAUGAAACACUUUAAAACCCACCAAACGAAAAAGAAGAGAGGAGAAAAUCGUGGACUUGUUAUUUUACAAAACAUUCAGCCCGUUACUGUUACUGACGAUGGAGUAUUCAACAAGAACAAUACUAAACUGGCAACAGUUAAUGAAAAUAUUGAGUCCGAUAAAUCACAAGGUGAUUUGGACGGAUUGACUGUCAAUAUCAUACAGAAAGUACCGCUGGAAUUGACUGAAGAGUUGGUGCUGGAAGAUAACAGCGGAAUGAAAGGCGACCUUCUAGUCAUUGAUAAUUCUCAAAACAAUACGAAAUAUGAAACUGAAAAUGUGUGCCUCAACACUAGCAACAUUAAUAUCAUCGAUGAUAGACCUUACACCUCUGAUAUGGAUUUAGUGACGGUAAACGAAGGCGGAAUGAGUAUUUCUACCACCAGCCUAGAGGGAGCCACUGUGAAAUUAUACCAAUUAGACCAAAGAUUAAUGCAAAUACAUAGCGCCGGCGCACAAAUCACUAUUAGUAAAAUAACUAGUAAAAUGACAACUAACUUAUUGUAAAGCAUUUUUCUAUGUUUUUUUGUGCAAUUUUUAAUUUAUUUCAUUCAGACUAUAUUUUUUUAUGUGGUAGACAGAAUUUACUAAGUGCUCUAUGAUACGAUAUAUAUUUUUUCAAGGAACGCAUUUGGAAUGCAUUUAUCUAAUCUACUUUCGUACUUCUAUUGCAAGAACCAUCAUUCCGUUCCACACUUAAUUUCAUCUGUAUCAAUAUUAAUAUCUUUGAACAUACUUUUCUGUGUACCCCUUGGAACACCGUUGUCAUUUUGCUGUUAAAUAGAUAGAAGAUU